CCGUUGUUUAGAGCCUUCUCUCUCUCUCUUUCUUUAAAAGAAAUUGAUUUUUGCUAUAAAAGAUGGCAAUUUCCUUACAGCACUAACUCAUCUUUUAAACCUCAAACCCCUCUCCUCUUUCUUGAGAAGUGAAAGAAAGAGAAAGAAAAGCAAAACCCAGAAUCAAGAAUUAAGAAUAGUUGGAAAACAAGAGUUAUGGACUCAAUCACGGGAAUUAGAAGACCUUGUUUUAUUGAGGAAGAUGAUGGUUUAGCUUCUUUAGCAGAUAUGGAAGCUGGAUUUUCAGGGAACCAGAACCAGAAUCAAAACCAGAAACAUCAACAUCCAUUUUUUACAAGGUCACUUUGUUGUUAUGGAAGGAGAGGUAGUUUUAAAAAUUUACCGUCUCUUACUUCUUUUUCUCCAAGAUCUGGGAGGUUUUACGAUGCAAGAUUUGAAGAUCAUCAACCUCAUUUCCUGGAAUCUUGUUUUCUUUGCAAGAAACCAUUGGGUGAUAACAGAGAUAUCUUUAUGUACAGAGGGGAUACUCCAUUUUGUAGUGAAGAGUGCAGGCAAGAACAAAUAGAGAUAGAUGAAGCUGAAGACAAGAACAGGAACCUUUCUUCUUCAAUGAAAGCAUUGAGAAAGAAAGAGCAGAAGAAAUCUUCUGUUUCUCCUACCAAAGCCCAGAACUAUCCUUCUCGUACAGGCACUGUAGCCGCAGCUUAAUUACUGAAAUGAAUAAUAAUAAUAAUAAUAACCUAAAAGAAUUAUAUAUAAAUAUAUACAAAGGUUAUAGUAUUAUUUCCUUAAAGAAGGAAAAAAAAAAAAAAAAAAAA